AUGGGAAAAAAUCUAAAUCCAACAAGUGCCCAACGUAUUGCAAGAUCAACAUACAACACAUACUUGUUGGUGAAGAACUUUGACUACCAAUGUCAGGUUGCACCUCAAGUUUUAAGCCAUAGUAAAGUGGGUAGAGACAUGGAUAAGUACUCCUUUAACAUCACGUUUUCACUGGUGUCGUCGUUGUAGUUGCUCAAGCUUCCUAAAACUUACAUUCACCGCUCCUCCCCACAUGAUAAGCACUGUAACGUGCUAUCAUAGUCAAUCAUCCGCAUACCAAUGCAUUUAGUGUGCUGCUAUUGAGUGCAGUUGUUGCAUUUUACCAUCCCUGUUUGCUUUGUCGACUUGCAAAGGUUACAAAGAGUGCUUCAUCUUUGAAAUGCAAGCUUCCUCUUGGUACCUCUACCUGCUAGUGAAAGAAAAUGGAAAAAAUGUUUUUAAAAACCAGUUUGCAUUUUUUAAGCUGUGUUGCUUUAUGCGCUUGAACACGGAAAUUUAAAUAUUAAAUGUUGCGCUAGAUGCUAAGGUUAUAAAUCGGCUUCUUAGUAAGCGUACCAAGUUCAUUUUUUCCAGAAAAAACGUUACGUUACUGGCAUACGAAAUGUGGCGAGUUCCAUAAUGAACACUCUUAAGUCAAAGUGUAGAGAAAAGAUAGGGAAUUUGUAAAUUCUUUGCCAAUGAAUCAACAUAGGCCGUACGUUCCUCAAAGUUGUACAUGUUAAAUUAAGUAAUAACAUUGUAUCAACUUACACACUCAUUCAUUUCACUGUACAAACAGAGAACAGAGAGCCUUUGUAAGUUAGAGAAUGCUAAAGUAGUACGUGGAAUACCUGAACUUGAUGCAUCCCCCAAUGUUGAUGAUGGUGUAGGCUCAAAGACCAGACUUAAGGGAACGGUGGAAAUCAAGGUUACAUUAGCCAACAUGCUAGCGUAUGCCAUUCUGGUCAAAGUAUGGGCAUUCUGCUUAAACAAUAGAUUUGAAAAGAACUGA